ACGCAUUAUAACCAGCCAAUCGCUGGUCACUUCGACACGCCCUUUAAAUGUUCGUUUUUUUAUGAAUGCAAGUAAAACAGUUAGGGAUUAACUACAGUUUUGUGAUUGUUAUUAUAUUGUUCUAUUUUAUAGUGUUGUCGUAAUUUGGUUUGCUUAUUGUUUAAUAUAUAAUUGAAAAUUUUUGAACUAUAUAUAAUGACUGAACAACAAAUGGACUGUGCUUUAGACUUAAUGAGAAGAUUACCUCCUCAACAAAUUGAAAAGAAUUUAAGUGAUCUUAUAGAUUUAGUCCCUUCUUUAUGCGAGGACUUACUUUCUUCUGUAGAUCAACCUUUAAAAAUAGCAAAAGAUAAAGAAUCAGGCAAAGACUAUCUUCUUUGCGAUUAUAAUAGAGAUGGAGAUUCUUAUAGAUCUCCAUGGAGUAAUACAUAUGAUCCACCUUUAGAAGAUGGAUCAAUGCCUUCUGAAAGAUUACGAAAAUUAGAAAUAGAUGCUAAUCAUGCAUUUGACCAAUAUCGAGAACUUUAUUUUGAAGGUGGUGUGUCUUCCGUUUAUUUAUGGGAUCUUGAUCAUGGCUUUGCUGCAGUUAUUUUAAUAAAAAAGGCUGGAGAUGGAUCUAAAAAAAUUAAAGGUUGCUGGGAUUCGAUACAUGUCGUUGAAGUGCAAGAAAAAUCAACCGGUAGAAAUGCACAUUAUAAAUUAACUUCAACAGCAAUGUUGUGGUUACAAACAAAUAAACAUGGUUCAGGUACCAUGAAUCUAGGGGGUAGUUUAACAAGACAGGUGGAACAAGAUGCACAAAUAAGUGAAACAUCACCUCAUAUUGCUAACAUUGGCAGAAUGGUAGAGGAUAUGGAAAAUAAAAUUCGAAAUACACUUAAUGAAAUUUAUUUUGGUAAAACUAAAGAUAUUGUUAAUGGUCUAAGAUCGGUUCAAUCUUUAGCAGACCAAAGGCAACAAGCAGCAUUAAGACAAGACUUAGCUGCAGCAUUACAAAGGCGAAAUGCUAAUAACUGAUUACAAGGACAAGAAAGCUUUGAUUAUAAUUGUGAUUAGGAAAAGCAAAACAAUUUAAAUCACACAUACACAAAUUCAUGGCAACACUGUUAUUUCUACACUAGGUGAAAAAAUGCAAAGGAUUUAUUCUGGGGCAUUUUUAGUUGUAUAUUAAUUUCUUGUUUAUUCUUAACUAUAAUUUUACUUUGUUCAGCAUGUUUUGCAUUCAACAUUUUUAGUCAGUUACUAGUAGAUUUAGAUGUAUAUCUAUAAAUAAAACAGAAUUUGUUACUAAAAAAUGUUUUAGUAUAACACGCUGUUCUUGCUUUUAUUCAACCUUUUGAAAAGCAAGAAUUGCCUUAAAUGGCUUAAUUCAUGCCUUUGUAUUAAUAUUGUUAAAUUACACACUAAUUUCCCAGAUGACAAAAUAUGCAAGGAUAUUUUGUUACAUAAUUGAAAUGUAGUAAUUUUCUUCAUGAAGAGAAAUUAUUCUAUCUGAACUGAUUUCUAUUCAGUGCCUAUAUUUUGCAUGAGUAUAAUAACAAUGUAUUCAUCUUUUGAUACAGUGUGUUUCAUCUGUUUGAUUAUUCAUCUAUUAUUGCAAGUAAAUGAUCAUAAUUGCACUUGCAUAAGAUAAUUAUUCAGGCAUAUGAAAUAUGCUGAUACUAUGUUCCAUGUAUAUUUUUAUCUGGGUUAGUGUACUUACAAAGACCAUAGUCUAGUUGAAUUUAAGAAACUCUAGUACAUAUUUUGCAUUUACUUUAUUUUUUGUCUUAAAUAUAAAAUUAGUAUUAUUUUUACCAAAUCAGUGAUAACAUCUUUUAUUUUAUUAUUUUCUUUUUUUGGCAUGUACACAAAUAGAUAUCAUUUUGGAAGAAUAAAUAAGAUCUUUAGUACUUCUCUAUGUGAAAAAUAAUAGCAAUUAGAAAAUAUGAUAACAAAAUUAUAAUAUAAUGGAAAGCAGACCAAAAUGCUUGUGAUGGAGUUUGUAUAUUUAAAUAUAUUACAUUUAGAUUAAAAUUCCCAAUUAAAUGGUUUGCACUUUGUGCUAAAAUUAAAAAUUAUAUAUUUUUGGAAUUGAUGAUUUAAAUAUCUUUAACAUUUGAUGAUCUGAUAAUUUGAAAAAUGUAUGAUAUAUGAAUAUAAAUUAAAUAGAAAUAUGAAAAAAGUGUACGUAAUUAUGUACUAAUAUUUUUUAACUUUUGCAAUUUUUGUAUUUUCUAAAGUAUCACUGAUUUUGGUUAUAUCAUGUGAAGCUGCAUUAAACAAAUGAAAUGAAUUAAUAAACUGCAGGUUUUGAAUGGGCAAGCUGAAGUUUUAAAUUUAAUUACAAACAAGGUAUACAUACCUUUAUGCAUAUUAAGUAGUGAGAUAAAUAAUUUCAAAGUUCAUACAUGUUUCUUUUAACAUGCUAGACAAUUGAAUCAGUAUCUAUACUGAUAAUAAUAUAUUUUAUCUUUUAAACAUAUUAUAUAACAUAAUGGAAUUAAUACUGUAUAUCUAUGCUAAAACUCUUCAUUUUCAGAUAGCAAAUAUAUUUUCUCUUCCUUGAGUAAUAAUAAAAUAUAAUAAUUGUUGAACAGUAUUAAAGGAAUUAAUAACACAGAUUUUUAAAUGAAAAAGCUUCAUUUGGAAAAUACAGUUAGUUUGAUACAGCCAGAUUAUUUCUUCUUUAACUGCAUGGUAUUUUAUUGAAAUCAUAGUUCUAUUCUUAAAACUUUUAUAAAAGUCAGGCUAGAAGUUUGUAUAUUUUUUAUAUUUUCAAAUUUAUUACAUUAAGAGGACAAUAUAUUACCUACAUGCAAUCAACAUUUGCUAGGAUAUUAUUAAUAAAAUAGUAUUUAUUGAACUUCAUGAAUUAAUUUCAGAAAGUUCUUGUUAUGAAGUUAUAUGAUAGCAAACACACUUGAUGAAUAGUAAUAUCGUUAUUAAGUAUUUAAUUAAUAUCUUCUUUGAAAGAAAAUUUCUUUAAAUACAUUUACUAUAUUCUGAAAUUCCAAUGUAGUAAUAUUUCUACGGAAUUUAUGAUCUUUAAUAAUAUAGAUUAUAUGUAGUAUUUUUAUCACGUAUAUGACUAAUCAUUUAUUAAUGCAAAUACCAAAUACAUAUACUAUAAUAAAACAGUCUGAUUCCACACAUUAUCACAAGUAAUACAGAUCAAAUAAUUAAUUAAGAAAAAAAAGAUAAAUAUACAAGAGAAAUAAAACGGCAAAAAAUUUCGUUAUUUGUUCGUAUCUUCGCGCAAAAUCGCCUUAGUAUUAAAGUUAAGUUAUUAAUAUUUCCUCAGUCUUUAUUCGUGCUUACAGAAUAUACGUGUUACAGGUAAGAAGGCCAUUAUUCCUAUAAUCGCUAACAAAGUCUUGAAAUUUAAAGGUGAUUCGAUGGUAUGUAUGUAUACAUAUACUAUUUGUAAUAUAAUAUAAAAGAUAGUGUUUUUUUAAAAAACAGAAAAUUUCGAAGAAUAUACGAAAAUAAACUAAGAACUAAACUUACCUGAUCUUUGGACUAAUAUUUAAUAACUAAUCUCUUUUUAUUUAUUAACUAAAAUUGUAUGUGAGAUUUGUUACACUUUUUCUCUAUUAAAAUAAGCUAUUAACAUGACCCAUGACCUCGGUUGUUUUGUAUAUAAGAACGAAUUAAAAAAAAAAAAAUUAUUGUAAAUAUUUGUCUAACCUUUACAUAUUCUUUUUUUUAUCUAUAGUAAAAUUACAAGCUAUAACAUCAAAAUGUUGUAAUACAAGUAAACGUAUUUUUCAAGAAUUUAUUAUGUAUUAUUUCAUUAUGGAAAAAUUUGGAAACCAAACUUCCCUUGACUCAUGUCAGUAAAGGAAGAAAAUAAUUUUUAUUAUUCUUGUUAAGUAUUUGUAAUAUACAACAAAAAGUUCUUCAGGUUAUUUCAAAUGUUAUAUACGCAACAUUAUACCAUUAACAUUUAGAAAAUACAAAAUAAUGGUUACAAAAUGAAUUGAAUCUGGAAUAUUGCUUGUAGCGUCUAUUCAUAGCAAUGACACAUUAUUUUCUCAUAUUGCAAUUUAUAAUGCAUAUUACUGAAUUAUUGUUCCACAAUGUUUAUUGUUCUUAAACAGAGUGUUACUAAAUGGCACUUUUUAUAAAUGAUAAUUAGACUUGUUGAAAUAAUUUCUUUUAUACUGUGAUGAUGUGGCAAGAGUCAAAUCUGUAGUUCUUUAAUACAUUAUAUCUCCAUGUUUCAUGACAAUACCCUUUCAAAAAAGUAAACAGAUAUAUUUGUCUCAGAGUAUCCAAACAUUCAUUAAUAGAGUUCAUUAUCAAAUUCGUUUUAUCAAAACGUUGAGAAA